AUGGCUCGGGAGAUCAUAGAGAACAUAGAUCUAGACUAUAAUGAGAGUAUUAUCUCCCUGGAUGUCAAAAGUUUGUACACUAAUGUCCCACUAAAGGAGGCAAUAGAUAUAGCACUGAGGACACUGUACGAACAAACUAGUCCUCCUAAACUGGCACGCGGAACUAUGAAGAAAUUGUUGAACAUGGCUUGUAGUAAUGUAUCCGACAAAGAAUAUGAGCAAAUCUCAGAAAUGGUUUGGUAUUGUAAGAGAUGUAAAGAGCAGCGAGAUCAAGAAAAACCAACAGAAAAUUUCAAAGCGUUCCUAAGAUAUAUAGAUGAUAUAGUGAGGACGGUAAAGGGGGAUCCAGAUAUAGUGUUAAAAGCAGCUAAUGAGCUCCACCCCAACUUACAAUUCACUAUCGAAAAUCCGGAUUCGAACGGAGACUUAGCCUUUCUAGAUUUGAACAUUAAUGUGGACUCACGAAAAAAG